GCAGUGAUAGGCAGCACUGACUGGCACUGUUAGGCAGCACUAAUGGGCACUGAUAGGUGGCACUGACUGGCACUGAUGGGUGACACUGAAAGGCAGCUCAGAUGGGCACUGAUAUGUGGCAUUGAUGUGCACUGAUGGGCACUGAAAUGUGGCACUGGCAGGUGGCAUGGAUGAGCAUAGAGCUGGUACUGAUGGACACUGACAGGUGGCGCUACUGGGGCUACACAGAUCAUCAGGGCACACUGAUCAUCAGUGCUCUGAUGAUCUGUGUAGAUGUCCCCUCCGAGGAAUGCCGGAGCUGUCAGUGUGAACCGCUGCGGGUGUGU